GCCCGGAUGUGGAAACAGUGCAGCACGUGAUGUUGUGGUGUUGGAGCUGGGAGGCCUGAUGGUGGGCAGCAGGCUGUGAGGAGGAGGAGGAUGAGCUCGGAUGGGGAGCGGAUGGACAGUCUGGACGGAUGGGUCGCCAUUAAAAGCGACAUAUUUGAGGACAGAGAGACUCACAACUUCCGGUUCCUGGUGCAGUGGAGUGAAGCGGAGUCCAAAUUCGCGGUGAUUUGUCACAACAGGACUCUUCAGCAGAGGAUGAGGAAGAUGAAGGAGGAGGAGGAGGAGGAGGAGGAGGAUUCGGAGUGCAGCUGGGCCUCGAUGUUCUCCGCCUCGGAGCUCGGACUCCUCCACCAGCAGCUGAGCGGCUCCGGGGACGCGCUGUCCGCCUUCCUGCCCGCGCUGUGCGCCUUCAGCCCGCCGGGCCGGUGGAGCUCCCUGAACCCGCUGAGGAGCAGCUGGCGCAGCUGGCAGGAGCAGCAGGAGCAGCGCGAGCGCCACGCCGAGGCCGUGUGUGCGCAGCUGGAGCGGUAUUUCAGCACAGCCCUGGACGUGUGUGGAGUCAAAAUCCUGCUGGAGACUUUAUUCCCUCAGGAGGAGGAAGGAGAGCAGGAGGACAAAUACUGCGAGAACCUGCAGGAGUUCAAGAGGAGAGCCAUGGAGGAGCAGCUCAGGAGAGCCCAGGACACUGUGACCACGAUCAUCCAGCGUCACCGUGCUGCAGCAGGACUUGUACAACUGAUGAAGAUCUAUGAGGAUGAAGAUGAGGCGUACAGUGAUUUGGUUACCAUGGCAACGCAGUUUUAUCAGCACCAACUGCAGCCAUUCAGGGACAUGAGAGAGCUGUCGACUUUACGCACCAUGGAGAUACAGAAAAUACUGCAGCUACAGGAGCUCGGUCCGAAGCGAGUGUGUGAGUUGGAGAGAGAGGCAGAAGAGUGGAGCAGGAGGGCGAACGAGGCUGUGUGUUCCAUUCAGGACGUCACUGUGUGUUACUUUACUGAGACGACAACAGCACUGUCAGGCAUGCUGAAACAGAUGGAGGUGGACCGUAAGAGAUUUGGCCACGCCUCCUGGGCUGUAGCUACACCCAGGCUGGAGAAGCUCAAAUUUCUCCUGGCUAAAGAGACACUGCAGCUCAUGAGGGCGCGGGAGAUGUGUGUGAACCGCCACAAAGACGAAAUCAAGGAGAAGAUGAGCAGUGUGUGUGACGGGGCGAGUGUGUGUGACGUGGACGUGUUGGAGCUACAGUAUUAUGAGGCUCAGCUGGAGCUCUACGACUGUAAACUUGAGAUCCUGAAAAACGAGGAGCUGCUUCUGCUUGCACAGAUCCACACACUGCAGAGACAGAUCAAAGAACUAAAGGAGGAGGUGGUGUAUUAUGAUGCCUGUGAAGACCCCUUGGAGCUUCAGUGUAUGCAGACAGAUGCUAGUCCCACCCACUCAGGUCGUAACUCCACCUACUCUCACCUACAGCAACAGCUACUGCAACUGGAGAGGAAGAGAGCAAUGACGUCGACACGCAGAGCUACACUGCGCAACCGGAAGGAAAAGUGUGUAGAAGCACAUGAGCUCCAGCAGAGGGCAGCACAGCAGAGAAUUGCACAACACCAGCAACAUCACGCUGUGCAUCUGAAGCGAGAGAAGAAGAGGGAGGAUGAGGAGAAGAGGAAGGAGUGGGUGCAGAUGGAGAGAGAGAGAACACUCAGCCGAUUGCGUUCCUUCAGAGAAGUGAUUUAUUACCCACAAUCCUGUAGAGGUCAAGGUCAAUUCAUGGUGAAGAGCCAUUGCUCCAACAAGCCCCGCCCUCCUGACCUGACUAGCAAUGACUCCGCCCAACCCAUGUCGAUCAUCACCCUAACUAUACCUAACCAAGCAUGCAGUCCCGCCCCCAAGCCCAAAGUGAAGGGGCGGAGCCAGAAGCGGAGGGAUAUCCCGGUACAUAUUCUUUUACCCCCAGGCGCAGGAGGGCUGGGGCAAGAGCAAACUUUAACUCCUCCCCUUAACCCCCCUCCUCCCCCUCCCGCUCCUCCACCCCCACCCCCUCCACCCCCUCCAGUAGUACCACCUCCUCUGUCAGCCCCGCCUCUUCCACUCAGUGCCAAAGAACCAGCUGGAAUUCCAGCUGCAGGAUCGAUGGACGACGUUCUGGCGUCGCUGCAGAGGGGGCGUGUUCACCUGCGUAAGGUCACGCCCAAACCUCAAGGCGUUUCCCCUGAGACUGGAAAUAUUAGAGACAGUUUGCUAUCUGCUAUCCGCCAGGGUGUGACCUUAAAGAAAGCCCCGCCCCCUGCAGGCCCCACCCGCUGCCAUGACUCAGAGUUGGAGCAAAGCAUCAAGGCGGCCAUGAUGAGAAUGAAGAAAGUCUCUAAUGAGUCUGAUGAUGAAGAACGUCCAGACACACCACCAGGGGAGUGGGACAGCUAGGAGUGUGUACACAGAUAGGGCUGUACUUUGUUUAAAAAUGUAUCCGUUUGAAUGUUAUGAAAAAUGCAAAUAUAGUACUUUUAAAUGACACGAAAAAGUAACGGAAUGAAAUUUACUGUAUUUUGGGGUUUGAUUUUUUCCCCCUUUUAAGUUUAUUUACAUCAGAAUUAAAUCUCUAUGGAGCUGGAGUUUUAAUAAAAUACUGUGAGUUAUUUUAAUAUUUAAAGUUCUGCGAUGGAACAUUUACUGUAUAAACCCUCAGCUCAUAAACUCCUCCCCUUUCCUUUUUUCCAGCAUUAUUUGAUGGAUUUAACUUUCAUUUAAUUAUUUUAAUUAAACACACUGUCCUCA